UAUGAGUAGUUAAUAACAAGUGAAGGGUAUUAUAGUAAUUACAAACAACCAGAAAUUUCCACGAACCUAUUGGAUAAGAUAUAGAUAAUUCUCUAUAUAUAAAUAGUUGAGAUCAUUAUAUAAAUUCAACAAGAAAAAAGAAAAAGAAUUAUCGACUUUCCCUGUCUGCAAUUUGUUGUGAAAAUUCUCUUCUGUAUAUUUCUUUGAUUGAUAAAAUCUAUGGACGCUUUCGCUUCUUUCUUUGAUUCCCAGACCGGUUCGAGAAACCGGUGGAGUUACGACUCGCUCAAGAAUCUGGGUCAUAUCUCUCCUCAUGUCCAAUCUCAUCUCAAACGGGUUUAUCUCACAUUAUGUUGCACUCUGGUGGCUGCUGCUGUUGGGUCUUACCUUCAUAUUCUUUGGAACAUCGGUGGCCUGCUUACAACUCUUGCCAGCAUAGGAUGUAUGUUCUGGCUGCUCUCUAUUCAUCCUUUUGAAGAGCAAAAGAGGGUUGCAAUUUUGAUGGCGUCUUCUGUUUUCCAAGGAGCUUCCAUUGGUCCUUUGAUUGAUUUAGCCAUCCAGAUUGACCAAAGCAUUCUUGUCAGCGCAUUCGUUGGAACUGCAUUGGCGUUUGCUUGUUUCUCAGGAGCAGCUGUGUUGGCAAAACGUAGAGAGUACCUUUACCUCGGUGGCCUUCUCUCUUCUGGUGUGUCCAUGCUUCUCUGGUUGCACUUCGCAUCUUCCAUUUUCGGGGGAUCUGCAGCCAUCUUCAAGUUCGAGCUGUAUUUUGGGCUUUUGGUGUUUGUGGGCUACAUGGUAGUGGACACUCAAGACAUCAUCGAGAAGGCGCACAUGGGUGAUAUGGACUAUGUCAAGCAUGCCUUGACCCUCUUCACAGACUUCGUUGCUGUCUUUGUUCGAAUUCUUAUCAUCAUGGUAAGUUGUCACAAGUCUGGUUGUGUAGCUAAUUUAGUUAACCGAACAAAUUAUUCAUCUACUUUUUUUACUAUAUAUUAGCUACUAACUGUUUGAAUUUCUAUCUGCAGUUGAAGAAUACAUCCGAUAAGAAUGAGAAGAAGAAGAAGAGAAGAGAUUAGAUUAGAUUCAAAAUUUACUCUCAUGUUUGUGUAAGCACAGCCUUAAUGGAUCUUAUCGUGGAUAAAACAUGUGUAUAACUUUUUUUUGUUGUUGUUUUUUUAGCUCUUCUUUAAUCUGAGAACAUAAACUGCAGAAACAAGAAAAAUAGUUUAAACACGUGGACCUUAUACUAUUUUUGUUUUGUUUUGCUAAUGUUUGUGGAUAUAUAAAUUUGACGUAUUGACAA